AACGCUAUUCGUAGUACUGACAGUACUCGGAGUGAAUAAAGGAACGCACCCUGAGACACGUCGUGUUUGUCUGAUCCUGACAGACUAUUUCUUGCGAAAAAUGAGUGUCGGAAAGAUGUUGACGAAUGCAAAGAUUAUUAAAAACAGCGGGGCUGAGCCCGAUCAAUUCGAGGUUAGCGUUUCCCAAGCCCUCCUGGAAUUGGAAAUGAACAGCGACCUCAAAUCGCAAUUAAGGGAGCUCUACAUCACUAAAGCAAAGGAAAUUGAAACAAAUAACAAGAAGUCAAUUAUUAUAUAUGUACCUAUGCCGAAACUGAAAGCAUUCCAGAAAAUUCAGACACGGUUAGUACGAGAAUUGGAGAAAAAGUUUUCUGGCAAACAUGUCAUGUUUAUUGGUGAGCGUAAAAUUUUACCCAAGCCAACGAGAAAAACACGAACCAAGAAUAAGCAGAAACGCCCUAGAAGCCGUACAUUGACUUCUGUCUAUGAUGCAAUAUUGGAAGAUCUAGUGUAUCCUAUAGAAAUUGUUGGUAAGCGUAUCAGAGUCAAACUCGAUGGGUCGCAGCUUAUUAAAGUUCAUCUUGAUAAGAAUGAACAGACGAAUAUUGAACACAAGGUCGAUACUUUUGCUUCAGUUUAUAAGCAAUUGACUGGACGGGACGUCACAUUCGAAUUUCCCGAAUCUUAUGUAUGAUAAAUGUAAGAAAAAAUAAAAGUAUUUUAAUCAAUA